AAAUAAUUGCUAAAAAUGAAAAAAUAAAAAAUGAUGAAUGUGUUAAUAGUAGGACUCAUCCUAUUAUUUACAUUAAGAGCUUAAUUGAUUCAAGAAAACCUAAGUGAGAACAGGUUCUGGAAAAAUGCUAAGAGAAUGCUUUAAGCUUCAGCCUCUAUAGCACCUAGUGAGGUUUCUUCAUUUACUAAAUCUCAUUUAACCUUUAAUGGAAUAAGUUCACCUCAAGAUGUCACUAAAAUUGAACUUUUCAACUCAGUAGCAACAAUUUAAAUCUAAAUUGAGUAAGUAUACUCAGACUCAAUUCUAGGUAUGCUUGAUAGAGGAAACUAAGGGUUGUUCAAAGGAAGAAUUACCUACAAGAAUGGAAACUAUAUUGAAACUAAUAACAAUCUUGCUAUUCAAACUAAAAUUAACUCUAUCUAUCCCAAACAAGGAAACUACUAAGGAGGAGUUUUGUUAACUAUCUAAGGAUAAGGAUUUGGUUACUAAGAUCCUGAUAAUCAAGUUCUUAUUGGAGAUGCUUAAUGUGUUAUUUUAUCUUAUUCUGAGAACUAAAUUUAAUGCGUUACUUUGGUUGCAUGGAAAUUGCUGAAUUAGAAGAGAAAUGUAGUUUUAAAAAGGAAUAAUGUUGUCUCUAUAACCGAAAAUAAUGCAAAUACUGAGUACACUUUUAUCAAGGUAGAAAAUGUACCAAGUAUUACUAAGAUGUAUACUAGUAGUGGUUAGUAUACAAGGAAUUCAAUUGUUUAAAUUGAAGGAACAAAUCUGCUUAUUGAUGGUCUUUAAACUUAAUUAUUCAUUGGAAAUAGCAGUAUUUAGUAUGCAAAGACAAAUGCAGGCUUGUCCUUCGUUUUACCUGAUAUUUUUACUUCUCAAGUUUAAAAUCUUGUCAUAUUUGUUGACUAAAAUGGAUCAACUUAACCCCAGCAAUUUUAAGUUAGUAGUUUAAUUUAUUGUUUGAAUCCUGACAAUACUUUAUAUCUGUAAGAUGGCUAUAGCUUACAAUUACUUGCUUAACUAUCUGGAGUAUCUGAACAAUCAAAAGUCUAAAUCUUUUAUGACAACCAAAAGCCUAAAGCACAAGCUGAUAUAGUUUCUUUAGGUUAUUUUUACAAAUUUGACUAAGUUCCUUAAAUCCCUACCUAAAUCUUAAAUAUUACUAUCGACAAUUAAAAUAUUCUUAGCAGUCCCAUCAAGCUAAUCUCAAGUAAUUCAUACUUUUAGCUUAGUUAUAAUGUAAUUACCCAUCCCUCAGAUGCAAACUAUUUCCAGAUACAAAUAACACCAAACUAGUAAACCUAAAAUUUAGUGAUACAAAAUUUGUUGAUUCUAAUUCCAUCUAUUAAUUUUAUAGAUGAAUUAGUGUAAGAAGGAACAUAUACAUACAAAUACAAAAAGCUUAGCUAACAAUUCUAAAUAAUCUCAUUUUACAUUUGCACAAAUUAAGGAAGUGCUCGUUAUGUUCCUACUGAUACUAGCAUGCUUUUUAAUUUGAACUCAAUUUAGAUGCUUACUAAAAAUUAAUAACCUUAAACUGGAGAUAUCAUUCAAUUCUUAAUUCCAAGUGUUAAGAAAAACUAGUUGUAUUGUAUGAAAGUGACUUGUCCUAACGGAUACUCCUACAAAGAUUACUAUUAUGGAUGGAUUUACCAAUAAGACAGUUACUUUGUUACCCCUCUCUCAUAAAAUGGAGAUGUUUAUAGCUUUAGUUUCCCAACUAUUGUUUAAAGACUAAAAGGAUACAAAGAUACUUGUGAUAUUUCUAUUGAAGCUAUAGAUACUAAUUUUGCUUAUUCUAAAUAACUAAAUGACAUAUCUUACUUAGAAAAUAAUUUCUUUACUAGCUUAUUCUUAUCAGAACCCAACGUAACAUCCACUUCAUACAUGUAAGGUAUAGGAUAAGUCACAAAAAGCUUGUCUCUUUAGGUUUUCAAAGAUGCAGUGACUCCACAGAAAUAAAGAAUUUAUGUGUAAAGCAUCUAACCUAAAAUACUGUCUGCCUUUGGAAGAGAAUAAGUUGUUAUUACUGGUAACAAUUUCUUGCAAAAUAAUAACACAAUUUCUUCUAUCUAAGUAAAAAUUUUAGGAGUAAACUGUGAUAUUUAAAGUGUCACAAACACAUAAAUUAAUUGCAUUUCAGGAGUUAAGACUAGCUACAAUUCUCUUGAUACUACUUCUGUUUCUGUAGGAAAUGAUUAAGCUUUGAUGUUAGAUCAUGCUAUGUACUCAUUUGAUUUGAAUGAAAAAGAAUUUUCAAAUUUAAAUAGCUAAUUCGUUGAUUAGAUAAAUCUAAAUAUUCCUUUCAACUUGUAACUAAUUUUAGAUGUUGGAUAAUACUAAGGAAACAGCAUUAAUUUCAACUAUACUAAUAUUGAUGGAAGACUUACCUUAAACAGCUCAAGAGACUUAAACAUUACAUUCUAAUCCAUUUAAACCAAAACCAAAGGCUAUUUAAGCUUUGGUACUAUUGACAAAAGAUUCACUUCAAACUGUAAUGUAACAAUUGGAAGUUUAGGAUAUGUGCAACUUAAUGCUUAUGGAAGAGAUGUCGGAAACUAUAAUUACACACUUGUAAAAAGUAUCUCCCCAUAGUAAAAUGUAAUUGAAGUUUAAGAAAGCUUAGUUAAUCUUAAGAAGGGUAAUAAGAUUAUGAUUUUAGCUACCUCUUUAGAGGAAAACAAUGAAGAAUUAGUUGUUGAAGAAGUUAAAUAUAACAAAAUUAAAGUUUCAACUCCUGUUGUUAGCAAUCACUAAAACACUAUCUAAAAUGCCAAGCUUUAAAAUGGAAAUAAUUUCUAAUAUUCUAUUUAAGUACCUAUAAUUCAAACAGACAGAAACCUUCGCAUAACAGGAAUCAAUGGUUUAUGGUUUAAUGAAAUAUUUGAUACUAGAGUUGAAUCUUAAAAUUAUGGUGUAACAUUAAAUAAUGCAGUAAAUUCAUAUAUAUUAGUUUAGAGCAGCUAUUUUGGAUUCAAUAAUAUCACCUCAAGCGCUUUGUUAUAUACUUCUGCUACCAGCAGCAAUACUAUUUCAGCAGGAUAAUUAUUGAACAGCUUUAUUAUAGUUUCUAAUAAAUUGAACUUGAUUUCUUUGACUUGUGAUAAGUUUAACAAUAACUUUAUUUAAGGUGGUAUUUAAUUUGGCAAUGCUAACGGUAUAACUGAAAGAAAAAGUAACAAUAAUACUGAAUUCUUAAACAAUGUUCUAGUUGCUUCUCAAACUUGCAUAAUUAUUAAAUACCCUUUGCCAAUCUAAAUGAGUUCAAACAUUUGCUUCUCAUUUUAAUACUUCACAAACUUCUUAUACAUUCAUUCAAUUUAAUCAGAUGAUUUAGCAUUAGCUGCUUUAGAUAUUAGAUAAGCAUUAGUUUAAUAUCAGUAUAAAGACUUCGAUUAAACUCAUGAAGAAAGUAUAUACGCUAUUUAACCUUCAAAAUAAAACCAUACAAGGUUUUUAGUUGUUGCAAAUAGCAUUUAGAGCAAUUUGCAAAACUCUCCUGUCUUGUUUGUUAAUGAUUAUCCAAAAUACAAUUAUACCUUAUCUAAUCUUUAUGAUUUUGAAGUUUAAGGAUUCAAUCAGAGUAAUUUGACUAUAUAAUAUUAGAAUCCUAAUCAAUCAGCCUCUCAAAAUUUCAUAUCAGUAAUAGAUAUCUAUAACUUUAGAUCUGAUAUUCCAAAAAAUACAGUUCUAUUUAAUGAUACCUUGUCAGACCCAACAAAAGGACUUGUUUUAGUUGAUAGAGACGGAAGCUUAACAGGAAAGGUUCAAUCUAUUUUAUCAUCAAAUUUAGCUUCACCAAAUUUAUCUUGCUCAUUAAAUGAUCAAAACCUAAAUAGCUGUUCAACACUCAUUGGUGUUAUGACUGUCCAAUAUGUAAAUGCUUAUGGAAAUUACAUGUGUUAAUAAUAUUAACCAAGUAAUUUUGCAGUAUUAUUCAAUGGAUAACAAUACACACCUAACGUAACAUAAAUUAAUAACGCAUUAGUUACUCCACUAUAAUAAACAGCAUCCUUUAAGUUUGUAAAAAAUCUUUCUGGUGAAGAAUUCAUACCAUGCUUCUUUGCUAUUGAAACAAGAUACUUGUCCAAUGGUGGUCUAGGGUUUAUAGCUAAGUAUAGUGUUGAUACUUCUAAACUUUAGAAGAUCUAAAUUUACUUGCAAAAUAGAGAUUAUGUCUUAUAAAAUGCAAGUCAAAAUCAAUUAGAUAUCUCAACAUGUAAACACGGUUAGUACUACAUCUAACCAGAUGGAAUACAAUUCUGUAUUAAGUAUUUAGAUGGAUUACUUUAUAGAUACUGGGUUGUCCUUUAAGUUAAGUAGUGA